AUGCCUAUGCCGUCUACAAGACAACAUCAUAGGACAGCUAAAAUCGAAAAGAGUAGGCUCUUGAGUCCGGUCAUUCAGGCUCAAAACCUUGGAAACCCCCAUCACGCGAAAGUGUACGCUCGAGAAGGGCUUUGUAUUAUGAGCCAUCUUUGUCAAAGCCAGCGGGAAGUUUCUACUCAGGGCCAUGUACCUCGCGUUGUUCCGGAAUUGGCUCCAUGGCCCGACUUCCAUAAAAAGACUUGGUGGCCAACUCACGCGGACGCUGUGUGCGUUGCAAAUGAAGCUUUACGGUGUUUGAAGUCGCCAUCCCUCACCAUAUUCGAAUUCAACGGUGGCUUCACAGCUUUAGCCCACUGUCUACGGGAAGAGUGGGAGCAUAUGAGGAGUGGAACUCAAAGGAUUAGGGCUGCGGUGUUAGGAUCAGAGGAUAAUUGGCGUGAAUGGCAUAAAGUCAAGACCUUGGAAGAGAAGAUACAAUUAGCCUUUGAAGAUGCUAUUGUAGCAGCAAGCCAUUCAGAACUUUCAGCAAAUCAUCUUUUCAGCCGCAAAAAAUCAAGAUUAUGUUUUUUCUUCCGGUGCAAGAGUAGCUUUCCCUUUGCCGGGAUCACAUCAGAUCAAACUUAG